GAGGGCGAACCUCGGGGCAAACUGUGUUUUGAUACUGCAGUUGCUGCUCACACCUAGAUCCAGCUAAUCAGACUGAACUUAAGUGCAUUCCGAUACAGUUGUUCAGAGUUUUAGAGAUUGUUUUUUGUAAGAUUACUGCGAGACUGAUAACAAAAUUUAACUUUAGUUAAAACUGCCAGUGGCAAGUGCAAGAUCUGCAAAUUGAUCAAGUUUUCUUCACUUUACGGCGCAUCGACCUUUGUACCCUUGCACAGUUCAAACUCGUCUCGUCUUCUUAUCGUGUUAACACCGGCGGCGGCAAACAGAGCAAUUAAACGACUUCGUCAAGAUAAGCGCCAAAAUGUCCUCCAAACCCGCCCACCUCCUGAUCGAACAAUUCGGAACGGUCCGCCGGAUCACGAUCAACAACAAGCGCAAGAAGAACGCCAUCAACCUUACGACCUAUGGCGAUCUGGCGGACCAGCUGAACGCGGCCGACCGGGAUGACGGAGUGCACGUCGUGGUGCUUACCGGGGCGGGAGAUUUCUACAGCUCGGGCAAUGAUAUUAGAGCGUUGAUGGCCAACCCGGAGCAGUCCGUGGAGCAGAAGAUGAAGCGCUCGAACGAUCAUCUUUCGCGGAUGGUGCGGGCGUUCUACUCGUUCGGGAAGUUGCUGAUCGGAGUUAUCAACGGACCGGCGAUCGGCAUUUCCGCGACGACGGCUAUGCUUUGCGACGUUCUUUAUAUGGAGGAGCGGGCCUAUUUCUACACUCCGUUUACGGCGCUUGGGCUGUGCGCCGAAGGUUGCUCCUCGUACACCUUUCCCCGGUUGAUGGGACGCAGCAAGGCCGCGGAGAUGUUGCUGCUGAACCACCGGAUGACGGCACCGGAGGCACUUCGGUUCAACGUGGUCGCAGAGCUGUACAAGCAGGAAGAGUUUGAGACAAAGCUGUGGCCGCGGAUUCUUCGUUACGGGGAGCUUCCGAUUGGGUCAAUUCGGGCUAGCAAGCAACUGAUGGCGCGAUUUGAGCGGGACGAUCUUGAGGAAGCUAAUAAAAGGGAGGUCGAGGCUCUGUCCAAGCGCUGGCACACGGACGAAGCCAUGAACGCAAUUAUUAAUUUUAUGAGUCGAAAGAGCAAAAUGUAAUUUCGCCAGUCAAAAUGUGUGAUUUUUUAAAUAAAUUUUAUCGGAAAAGG